AUGUCCAAACGUACUGCACAGUCACCCCUUGUCAAGGACGAGUCGUCCAAGAAGCUGAAGGUGGACACCUGUGUUCAAUUACAACAUUUCACCGCCGCAUCGGAAGCUUCAUCUCCUAAAUCACCCUUGAGCAAUGUUGCAAUUACACGAGAAGGUUUUGCAUCACCGCUGAUAACUAAUAUUUCUAGAAACAGCUUAGUUAAGAAGUCGCCUACGAAGAAGACUCCCGCUAAGCAGGCUGCUCCUAAGAAGUCUGCUACUGGGGCUGCUCCAAUUGCCGACGUCUUUGAAGCCUGGACCCCUCCGCAGCCUGAGAUUCCCGAUCCCAGCCCACACUGGGGCGUCGUACCUACCAUGCGACGACUGAACAAUGACGAAAACUCUCGUCUUGUUCCUGAUCCGCUACCCCACCCAGACCAGCCUUCUGCACGUACAAGUAACGGUGCGACGAACCCGCCCAUGUGGGAAGACCUGGGUGCCCGUUUCCAGCGCGGCUCCCGAUACAUCAAGUACACCAGCGUGACUGUACCCGACAAUGCGGAUGACUUGCCCGAGACGAUUGACCAGGAAGAACUUCUCCAAAUCCGGCUGAUUGACAUGCGCCCCAAGAGCACCGUGGACCGCAAUCCGCGACGUGUGCCCAUGACCUAUCACUAUGGAGAUGGCCAGAAGGAUGAGACUGGUGAAAAAGGUAAGCUUGGACGUAAGCCCAAGGACUGGGGCAACAAGCAAGCUAUCAAGUGUUUGAAUGACCGUCGUACUCAAGCAAUCGGUCGCAUCACAAUGGACAAUGCCUGGACAUGUCAGGAGCGUGAGUACCUCGCUGAACUCUUUGAGGAGUUUCCCAACGCAUCCAUCUGGGAGAUUACCGCUCGCCAUAAUAGUCGCUUCCUGGGCGAGUUCAUGGGCGGUACAGGUGGUCUCAACUAUAGUUACCUCUCUUCUGGACGUACAGUCGAGAGCGUGCGCAACCAAUACAUGACAUACAAGCCUGCCUAUGACCGUGGAAAGGCACCGACUGGUAUUCGUCCUUCCCACAACCACUCCUUGGAGGCCAAAGAAGCGGCUCAGAAGUGGAAAGGCAAAGUUGCAAAGAAGUUUGGAUCACCGGACAAGAAACUCGAGGAGGCGUUUGACGCAGCCGAGGAGACAAAGCCCAGUAAGCAAGAGGCGGAAACUCAUCAGGAGAUUGUUAAGCAAACUGGUGAUGAGCUUCUUGAAUUGGCUGGGUACGAAGACUGGUACCAUAGCCAUCAGCCUACUGUCCAUACACCUUCUCAGACUUCCACUCCACCCACAUGGGAUUCCCCGCAGCCUACGGCCACGAACCAGGUAGCCGUCAUUGAGACAAAGGUCAAGACCGAGCACCAAGUUAUCGAGGAAGCUGUGGCCGAGGAUCAAAGGUUCGAGCACGUUACCACUCAAACUGUUGUCGAGACUGUGACGGAGGCUGUUGAGUCUGAGCAAGCUGCUCCCAUGGUUGAGCCUGAGAGGAAGCGAACUGCGUCAGAGGUGUAUAUUGAGAAGAUGCAGGCCAUCUCCGAUGAUUACGAUGCCGAUGAUGAUUAUUAUGACGCGGAAGAGGAAGAGGAGCUGUAA